AUUUGACAUUUUAUUGCCGUCAAACAAACACAUAACCAAACAAGCAAUUCAAAAAUCUCCAUUUUUUCGUGUCGUUACAAAUUUGUUAAAUAAAAAGGUCCUGUGACCGACCCAUCAUGAGUAAAUCGGAAAUUCAACUGAACAAUGCACCCAGCGACGUUAUUUCAGCUGUGAAAUUCGGCCCUACGUCUAACCAAUUUUUGCUCGUAAGUUCUUGGGAUGGCACAGUUCAUUUAUACGAUACAGUGGCCAAUACGGUGCGACAAAAAUACUUGCACGACGCUCCUGUACUAGACUGCGCCUUUCAGGGGCCAGCAAAUACUGUCAGCGGCGGUUUGGACAAUACGCUCAAACACUGCGAUCUCAAUUCUCAAGCUGAAACCAUAUUGGGCACUCAUCACGACGCUAUAAAAUGUGUGGAAGUAGCGACAAAAGUGAAUGGAAUACUGACGGGCAGUUGGGACAAGACCAUUAAAAUAUGGGACAUACGGGAGAAAGAAUGCGUCGGCACAUACGAACAAUGCAAUGGUAGAGUCUACUCAAUGAGUGUGAUCGAUGAGAAGAUUGCGGUUGCCACUUCGGAACGAAAAGUUAUCAUUUGGGAUCUACGGAACAUGCACCAGUAUCUGAUUCGUCGCGAAUCGUCGCUGAAAUACCAAACCAGAGCAAUCAAAAUUUCACCGAACAAAGAAGGCUAUGUGAUGAGUUCGAUUGAGGGUCGUGUGGCUGUGGAAUACUUUGAUCCGGAUCCGGAAGUACAAAAACGGAAAUUCGCAUUCAAAUGUCAUCGCAUGAAGGAAAACAACAUUGAGAACAUCCAUCCGGUGAAUGCAAUCAGUUUCCAUAAUGGAUACAACACAUUUGCAACGGGUGGAUCCGACGGUUUCGUAAACAUUUGGGAUGGUUUCAACAAGAAACGCCUUUGCCAAUUCCAUCACUAUGACUCGUCCAUUGCUUCGUUGUCAUUUAGCAACGACGGAAGCACGCUGGCAAUUGCCUGUUCGUAUUUGGAUGAAUUGGAAAAGCCUCCGGAGCCGACACCAGUCCCAACCAUUUACGUGCGAUAUGUUAACGAACAGGAAACCAAACCGAAAUAGAUUUCAUUGCAAAGUGUGAAUGUUCGCCAAAACAUUCACCGAUCUGAAUAAUAAAAAUCCGUUGAACAGAAAA